CCAAAACAGACAGCCAAACUCCCCCACGUUGCAAAAAAUCGACAUCAACCCAAGUUUCUGAUCUCCAAAAUUUCCAGACAAAACCCCAAAUUUCCACUCCAAAAAUCCAGUAAUCAGCAAAAAAAAAAUAGAAACCAUGAAUCAAUCAGAGUACUCAUACAGCUCACUCCCAAACGACGUAGCUCUCAGAAUUGCUUCUUCGCUUGAGGUACCGGAUCUUUCCUCCUUGAGUUGCUGCUCUCGGGUUUGGCGAGAGAUAUGCGGGUCGGAUUGUUUGUGGGAAUCACUCGUCAAAGAAAGAUGGAGUCUUUUGUAUGAAACUGUGAAAGACCCAAACUUCAAGGAUUGGCGGGGAUUCUACAUAAAGCAGCACGAAGAGAAGAAGGCUCAGGUUGCAUCUGUUGUUAACGUGGUGGAACAUUGCUCACAAUCCGAGUCACUUGAGAUUCUCGACUAUUUGCAAGCAAUUGAAUGCCUGAAAACGAUGCAGUAUGGGUUCAAAGAUGCUCAAAUGCUGCUCUUGAGACCAACGCUGAAUGUUCUGCUUAACUUGAUCGGACUACAUUACUGCCUUAACAUCCUCAAAGUGCCGGCUUUUCGUAUCGUGGAAGCUCUUCGGAACAAUAAGAUAGCUGAACGUCAAGUUUGUGUCCAAUGGUGGAAGCCCGGGAGAUGGUUCUAUGGCUUCCGCAUCCGAAAUGAUUCUCAUUCCCGUUGUGUCUCCCUUGAAGAUCUUGCAAUGGCAAAAGACGAGGAGGUGCUGGCGGUCCUUGAACCAGAAACUACUCACGAGCUUUUGACAACAGUUCAGAUAUCCAUUGUUAAUUAUUCCACAAGCAAUCUCCAGUCCGGACUACUUUCAGGUGAUGUACGUAUAGUGUUCAUUUCAUAAUAGUAUAAUUCUAUCUUAUGGGACUCGAGUUCGAGUAUAAGUAUCCGAUACAGAUAUGCCUUUAACGCAGGUUUCAUUAGUAUUUGUAAGCUUUCUGUGAUGUUCGAGUAUCCUUAGAGGGUCAUCUCUCGAUUUGUAGAAUACGAAUAAAUAAAAUUUUCUAGAAUCUGUGAUUUGCAAGCAAAGCUGAAAAUUACAAGAUAGAGAAUACUGCAAACAUGCGCAGACAGUAGGUUGAAUCCGAACAGAAAAUUUUCCCUGAAAAUUAAACAAAUAGCUGGUAGAUUCAUACAAAUGAUAUAUUUAUCUUCGUUUUUUGGAACCGAAGUGUUCAUCGGCAACGGUAGACGGCAGAAACAGUUGUUCGUAGCCGAGGGCUGCAGAGGGCCAUAAACAAAAUCACGAUGAUCAGGACAAUGAGAAAUCCAGUGAGAUUCAGGUCAUCAUCUGAUUCGUCCGGGCAACAACGUUUUCCCAUCGUCAAUUUGCUUCUUCCUCUCAGCUCAGAUGUUUUUCCUUUGUUCAUAUAUAAAUAUAUAAGUCAACUUGACCUUCAACAGUUUUAUUUGUGGAAUUUGGUAUGCAGAAUUGUAAUGAUUACUCUUAACUAUA